CGGUUAAAUGCUCCAUUCAGUUGUGAUAGUGAGGUGCUAGCUAAAAGUUAGGCAUCAAUUAAAAUUUUAAGACGCGUAAUUAAAUUUAAAUUUAAAAAUCAAGAUGUCCAAGUUGGAAAUCGAAGAUUUAGCCGCAACUCUCUUUAGAACUGGUGUCGGCGAAUAUAAGAUUUCAAAGUUUUUAACAUUUGCCUACAAAGGCAUGAAACUUGAUGAUGAACAAUCAGCCAAAGAAAUUGUUGAUGCCAUUGCAAAGAAUGAAGAUUUGGAAGCGUUGGAGUUGAAAGGCAACACUCUGGGAGUUGAGGCAUCCAAAAGUAUUGGCAAGGCUCUCGAGAGAAAGACCAGCAUAAAAAGAGCUCUAUGGAGUGAUUUGUUUACUGGCAGACUCAAAUCAGAAAUCCCCUCUGCCUUGAAAAAUUUGUGUUCUGGGAUGAUGAUAGCAGGAGCAAGAUUGGUGGAGUUAGAUCUGAGUGACAAUGCAUUUGGUCCUAAUGGAAUGUUGGGUUUGACAGAUUUCUUAAAAUCCGAAAGUUGUUACAGUCUAAAGGAAUUGAGAUUGAACAACAAUGGACUUGGGAUACAGGGAGGAAAGAUGCUAGCAGAAAGUUUACAGGCAUGUUAUGAGUCCAGUGUGAAAGCGGGCCAGCCACUGUCACUCGAAAUUUUUGUUUCAGGGAGGGGUCGACUUGAAAAUGAAGGAGCCACUGCCCUGGCAGGUGCAUUCAAGUCAAUGAAAUCAUUAGUUGAAGUGCACAUGCCACAAAAUGGUAUCAACCACCAGGGGGUGACAGCAUUGGCUGAAGCUUUUUCUUGUAAUCCUGAUUUGAAAAUAUUGAAUCUUAGUGAUAAUACAUUCACAGAACGGGGAUCAGUUUCUAUUGCAAAAGCCCUGGAGAAGUUAAAGAACCUGGAAGAAAUCAAUUUUGAAGAUUGCCUGGUUCGAACUGAAGGGGUCAUUGCAAUCUGCAAUGCACUCAAAUGCAGCAAUGAUAACCUAAAAGUCCUCAUAUUAUCUGGAAAUGAAUUGACGAUGGAAGGUGCAGAAGCAGUUGUAGAGGCUAUCAAGAAGAAGAAAAAUUUACGAGAACUACAACUAAAUUGUAACCAGUUUGGCGAGAAAGGCAUAAAAGUGUUGAAGAAAUGUUUGAAGCAGUGUGAUAAGUUGUCCACUCUUGGCUCUCUCAGCUGUGAUACUGAGCUUGAUAGUUCCAAUCUUAACGUUAAAGCUGAUGAUGUUGAAGAUGAUAACCAAAAGAAAGACCAAAAAGAUGUAAAGUCUGACAUAGAAAGUUUUUUGGAAAACCCAACAGCCUCACAGCUCAAAAGUAUCCACGAUAAUAACAGGCAUUCCAUCACAAACUAUUUAGAAGAUCUAAUUGAUAAUAUUGACGAUGCUUCUAUUGCCAUUAUGAAGAUGGCCCAGGUUUGUGUGUCAGAUAGCAGUAGCAGCAUCAACUCCAUUGUUUAUGGCUAUGCAGAUGCAUUCUACAAGAAAGCGUUUGAUGAAGUUAGUUUCGCCUGGGUGGCCAACAGCAUUUUGCUGUCACUGGGUCUCAUAAAGGGAGAAAGGAAAAACAUCACAUUAGUUAAAGAUAUAAAAGGACCCUGCAUCUUGCUUGCACACAUCAUUGUACAAAAGUACUUCCCUCCAGAUGCAAAGAAUGUUUUAUCUUUCUUUUUUGAAAGGAACACUAACUUGGAUGAUUUUGCGUAUCUCAAAGAGGUUAUCACACAGGGCUCUGUGGCCCCAAAGUAGUUGGAUGGCGAUUUUCGUCAGUUAAAAAAAUUACCUCUGCCAUUUUAUCUUUCUUAAUAGGACAUUAUUUUUUUUUAUAAAAACAUUAGCGACUUUAUUUUAAAUUCUUUGAAAGAACGAAUGAGUGAAUGAACCCUUACCGAGGCAUUAAUUAUGAUUGUGCUUAAACAAAUACCAAGUGUUCUGAAUUUGUUGACAUUUAUAAAAUCUUGAUACAAAAAAUUAUGUUCACAACAAUCAAAUAAAUAUUUAGUUCUUAACAACAAAAUGCAACAUAGAGUCAAUGUUGAAUGAAAUAACAUUUAUAAUAAUCAAAAUUUCAUUGAAUUUUAUCUUGGAGCAACGCUAACGCGUUGUUGAAAACAUUUUUACAAUAAAAAAAUGAACAGUCAUAAUCCUAAUAUCAUAAAAUAAUUUUUUAAUUAAAUUAACUAUAAAUAAUAAAAAUAAUAAAUUUUUGAAUAAAGAACGAAUUAGCAACAAUUUAAAAAAACUAGUCAAAUUAAAAAUUUUAUGUACAACUGAAGAACUUGGAACAAAUGUUAUUAACGGCGAAGUUUGGAAUUAACUUUCCUGGAGAACUUUUAAUUUAGAGAAUUCGAUGGUGAAUUCUAGAAAAAUUUAUGAAGUACGGUUGAAGAUUCAUAGUCCAUAGUUGACAGUGUUCAAUAAAUAAUUUAAUUGUAAUCAUAAUAAAAUAUUAACAAGCACUUUAUAUACAUCAAAAAUAGCAAGGAAUAGACAAAUUGAAUUUAUUCAAACAGCAAAAUUGACGCAGUCUUUUUUUAGUUCGAUAAAUGUAGUUGUGGAACAAAUCAUCAAAAUUUGUGCAUGCCCUAUGCUUAUAGAUUUAACUUAAGAUGAAUCGCAAUAUGACCUGCCGAUUGAUCAACUGCAUUGCUUGUAUUAAUCAAAUCCUUAACCUUAUUCACCAAACUGCCCAAUAACGUUACGCGUUCAUGCCAAUAAUGUAACUAACCCAAACCUACCAAAUUAAAGUUCAUUUAUUAUGAUAAACAAGUUUUGUUG